AGUUGUAAACAGCUGGUGUAGGAGGGAGAGAUUGGCGCAUGCGCAGUUCAAUACCGGCGACAGCUCGAGAAGGCCUCACGUAUAAGGGGAUUAACAGAACCCAAUUUGACAGGUGGCACAAUGAGUCAGAGUAAGGACAACAAUGCCCGACUGAAGAGCUACAAGAACAAGUCGCUUAACACCGAUGAAAUGAGGAGACGACGGGAAGAGGAGGGCUUGCAGCUCCGUAAGCAAAAGAAGGAUGAACAGCUGUUCAAAAGGAGAAAUGUCGCAACGGUGGAAGAUGACGGCAGUGCGCUGGACGAUGAUGGAAUGGUUGACAGUGGCUACCUGGAGUCCCAGGCUAACAAUGUGGACCUGCUCAUGGGUGGCGUUAUCUCUGAGGAUAUGACACAAAUGAUCUUCUCUACUACCCCUGAGCAGCAACUCAUCGGUACCCAGCGAUUUCGGAAACUCCUUUCGAAAGAGCCCAACCCGCCCAUUGAUGAAGUCAUUGCCACACCGGGGGUGGUGGAGCGCUUUGUGGAGUUCCUGAAGAGGCGAGAAAACUGCACGUUGCAGUUCGAGGCCGCGUGGGUGCUCACCAACAUCGCAUCGGGCACUUCCCAUCAGACGCGGGUGGUAAUCCAAGCUGGUGCUGUUCCCAUUUUCAUUGAGAUGCUCAGCUCAGAUUUUGAAGACGUACAAGAGCAGGCUGUGUGGGCACUGGGCAAUAUCGCGGGCGACAGCACAGAAUGCAGAGACUUUGUUGUUGACUGCAACAUUCUGCCUUCAUUGCUGCAGUUACUGGCAAAACAGACUCGGCUAACAAUGAUGAGGAAUGCAGUGUGGGCGCUCUCAAACCUGUGCAGGGGGAAGAAUCCUCCUCCUGACUUCACAAAGGUGUCCCCAUGUCUCAGCGUGCUUUCUUGGCUGCUGUUCGUCAAUGACACUGACAUCAUGGCCGAUGCUUGCUGGGCUCUUUCGUACCUGUCGGACGGGCCCAAUGACAAAAUCCAGGCCGUCAUCGACUCGGGGGUUUGUCGCAGGCUGGUGGAGCUAUUGAUGCACACUGAUUACAAGGUGGUAUCUCCCGCUCUACGAGCUGUUGGUAACAUCGUCACUGGUGAUGAUUUCCAGACACAGGUCAUCCUCAACUGUUCAGCCCUGCAGUCCCUUCUCCACCUCCUGAACAGCCCCAAAGAGUCCAUCAAGAAGGAAGCUUGCUGGACCAUCUCUAACAUCACAGCAGGGAACCGAGCACAAAUACAGAUGGUGAUCGAUGCUAAUCUGCUGCCUCCUCUCAUCAACAUCCUGCAAGUGGCAGAGUUCCGCACAAGGAAGGAGGCGGCAUGGGCGAUUACCAACGCCACCUCAGGGGGCUCCGCGGAGCAGAUCAGACAUCUGGUGGACCUAGGGUGCAUAAAACCCCUGUGUGAUUUGCUCACACUGAUGGACUCCAAAAUAGUGCAGGUCGCCCUGAAUGGCAUUGAGAACAUCCUGCGGCUGGGCGAUCUGGAGGCCAAGAGAGGGGGCGGCAUCAACCCCUACUGUGCACUCAUCGAGGAGGCUUACGGUCUGGACAAGCUGGAGUUCCUGCAGGGCCACGAGAACCAGGACAUCUACCAGAAAGCCUACGACCUGAUCGAGCGCUACUUCAACGCCGAGGAUGAAGAUGCCUCGCUGGUCCCCGCCGUGGACCUGCAGCAGCAGCAGUUCCUCUUCCAGCAGUGCGAGGCACCCAUGGAAGGCUUCCAGCUAUAAUGUCUACCCGCUCGGUCCUCCAACACUGGCGAGAGCGACCCAUCCAUCUUCCCUCCUUCUCGAUUGUGAUUAUGUCCAAUUACUGGAGCGUGGGUCUGCUGUCCUGUGUGAAGCUCGCCCCUUUUCGUCAUCCCCAAAAUAUAUCCUGCUGCUUUGGCAACUGAGCGGAGCGAGCGAAUAAAUGAAUGAUUGAAUGAGUGAGUGACAUAGACCUCACCUUGACACUAGACUGACCAACGAGACCACAUUUUGACCUCGACUCAACUGACGAAAAGGCACUUAAGACGCCCACCUCCUCCCCUCUUCCCUCUUUCUUUCAGCCUAUUGAUGGACAAAUCAGGAAUUUGACUUCAUUGCUGAGGGCGGAGCUUCCAUAUCACCCUCGUUUGGACGGCCUCUUAUACUCCCAUGGAAUGGAAACAUUCAUUCGAUGCAGUCUUCCCUCAUACAAAAAGCCUGGAACACUCUCCAGUGGGGAUUUUUUUUUUUUUUUUUUUUUGGUGCUCACAAUCAUUUCAUUUUCACUGCACUUUAGCUUUCAGGACUGACGCCUGUUCGUUGUGAACAAAUUUGACUCAACUGGUUGAUCACAUGGUGAGUCCCCUGACUAGGAGUACUUUCUAAUCAUGCCCCGCCCGCCCCACUCCAACAAAAAAAAAAAA